GAACGAGAGAAAGAACACGAACAGAACGCGAAACCAGGAAGAAGCAGUCACGAUUCAUUGACGACGAGCUGCUGGCUGGCUGAUAUCAAACGUACGCCAUUCGUGUAUUCUACCUUCAAAACAAAGCACAUUUCGCAGCUAACGUUGGGUGAAGAAAAUUUCUAGUGUUGCGUGCCAGUGUAUCGGAUUUUAGUCGAAAGUUUUUAAAAACUAUCGCCAAUCAUGGAUUGUGACGAGUUAACGGUGAUUGAGGAGCAAAAUCAAACGGAGCGCAAGGAAAGUGGUAAACGCGGACGUAAGCCAGGUCGCAAAGCCUCUACCGAGAAGAUUGAUAUGAAGGCUAAGCUUGAACGCAGCCGGCAAAGUGCUCGCGAGUGCCGGGCCCGCAAGAAGCUGCGCUACCAAUAUCUGGAGGAGCUGGUCAGCGAUCGGGAGAAGGCCGUUUUCGAGUUGCGCCGGGAGUUGGAGAAGCUGCAGUACUGGGCCCUUGAAGUUGAGGCCGGCCGUUUUCCCGAGGGCUUGCAGGAGCUGCUUGAGGAACUGGGUGCUCUGAAGCAGGAAUAGAGGAAGCGAGCUUCGAACCAAAUCCUUUGAUUUUUAUACGCCUUCGAUUGGGUUAUUUUUGAGUUUGAUGCUUUAGGAUAGUGUGUAUGUAUGUGGUACAUAUUUAUUGGUUAACAAAAUCGUUUCCAUAUAAAUUGAAUUUAGUUGUGUGUUAUGUAUGAUUCGAACCAUAUUGGUAUUGUUCAGUUUUCAACUGUUGUGUCUCGCUAUAAGUUGAUUUAAGUAUGAUUUUGUGUGAUUUAGUCGCACGAACUUCAGUUUCUAAAAAAAGAUUUAAGAGAGAAAAACCUAAAAAAACAUCGCAAAAUAAAAGAAAAUAACAAAAAAAAAAGUUGAAUUCAACAUUAAACGUUACCUCACUUGUCGAUAAGAUUAAGUACAACCAAACUCAAUGUACAAUAGAACAAGAAAAUAAUAACAAAGAAAAACUAAUCAAUGUAAAUAGAUUCUCCACUAUUCUGUACAAGUCAAUAGUUUGCAACAAAAGCCAAGCUGUAAUUGUAGUCGUUAAACUCCUGUGCUUCUUGAAGUUCCAAAGUAAAUUCUGGAUGAAACCCACAUUGGUGUCAGAUUCAAUAUUAAUUCCUUAACACAAAUAACGUGUAGCAGGUAGAACUCUAGAAAUACACACUCAUCAAUGAAAAAAAAUGAAUGGAACAUGCUCACUUUAUUUUUUGGCGUAAUGGUAUUGAAAACAGAUGAGGACCUAUUUUUGUACUGAGAAUUUUUGGGAAUUAUUGCAAAUAAAUUCAACACAUCGA